AUGGUGUCCAGCCUCGGCUGUGCCACCGGCUUCUCGGAAGCACCAAAGCAAGCCGUGUUCCCCCAAAACCGUGUGCUCAGGCUGGUGGAGGAGUUCAUGCUGCUCGCCAACAUGGCCGUGGCCCAUCAGAUCUACCGCUCCUUCCCCGAGCAGGCGCUGCUGCGCCGCCACCCGCCGCCCCACACCAAGCUGCUCAACGACCUCAUGGAGUUCUGCGACCAAGUCGGCCUCGACAUCGACUUCAGCAGCGCGGGGGCCCUGCACAAAAGCUUAAAUGAAACGUUUGGUGCUGACAAAUACUCCGAAGCCAGGAAAGAAGUGCUGACCAACAUGUUCUCCAGGCCCAUGCAGAUGGCUCUGUACUUCUGCACCGGAGUCCUGGAGGACGAGACCCUCUUCCGCCACUAUGCCCUCAACGUACCCUUCUACACGCACUUCACGUCGCCCAUCCGCCGCUACGCAGACGUCGUCGUGCACCGGCUCCUCUCGGCCUCGCUGGGCACCAGCCCUCCCAUCAAGAUGGAGAAAGAUGCCAUCCAGCUCCAGGCAGACCACUGCAACGACCGGAAGAUGGCUUCCAAGAGGGUGCAGGAGCUCAGCGCCGACCUCUUCUUUGCCAUCUUUGUCAGGGAGUGUGGUCCUCUGGAGUCAGAGGCCAUGGUGAUGGGUGUCCUGAACGAGGCCUUUGAUGUCCUGGUGCUGAAGUUUGGAGUACAGAAGCGCAUUUACUGCAAUGCACUGCCCUUGCUGGGCUUCCAGUUCCAGAAGGUGGGCAGGAAGCCGGAGCUGACACUCAUGUGGGAGCCAGAGAGGCCGGAGCAGGAGGCUGUGUCCCAGGUGAUCACCAUUUUCACGCUGGUGGACGUUGUGCUGAAGUCAGACGGGGUCCCGCUCAAGUACAGCGCCGUGAUGAAGAGACCGGGCUCGGAGAAGUGA